AUGCCCAUUCAGAUCUUCUGCUCUGUGUCAUUCUCCUCUGGAGAGGAGGCCCCAGGGCCCUUGGGAGAUAUUUGGGGUCCCCACCAGCGGCAACAGCGGGACAACUCAGAAUCAGAAGAGGAGGGAGAAGAGAAGGAAAAGGAGGCAGAGAGGAAGGGGGCCAGAGAGAGGGACUUACCGAUGGACUUGGUGGCCUUUGCCAACAGCUGCACCCUUCAUGGAGCCAGCCACAUCUUUGUGGAAGGGGGUCCAGGGCCACGGCAGGCCCUGUGGGCAGCGGCCUUUAUCCUGGCACUGGGUGCCUUCUUGUGCCAGGUCGGGGAUCGAGUUGCCUAUUACCUCAGCUACCCACAUGUGACUCUGCUAGAUGAAGUGGCCACGACGGAGCUGGCCUUCCCGGCGGUCACCCUCUGCAACACCAAUGCCGUGCGGCUCUCCCAGCUCAGCUACCCCGACUUGCUCUACCUGGCCCCCAUGCUGGGGCUGGAUGAAAGCGAUGACCCCGGGGUGCCCCUCGCCCCACCGGGGCCCGAGGCCUUCUCUGGGGAGCCCUUUAACCUGCACCGCUUCUACAAUCGCUCCUGCCACCGGCUGGAGGACAUGCUGCUCUAUUGCUCCUACUGCGGGGGGCCCUGUGGCCCUCACAACUUCUCAGUGGUCUUCACACGGUAUGGAAAGUGCUACACGUUCAACUCUGGCCGAGAUGGGCGUCCCAGGCUGAAGACCAUGAAGGGUGGGACGGGCAAUGGGCUGGAGAUCAUGCUGGACAUUCAGCAGGACGAGUACCUGCCCGUGUGGGGGGAGACCGAUGAGACGUCCUUCGAAGCGGGCAUCAAAGUGCAGAUCCACAGUCAGGAUGAACCUCCCUUCAUCGACCAGCUGGGCUUUGGUGUAGCCCCAGGGUUCCAGACCUUUGUGGCCUGUCAAGAGCAGCGGCUCAUCUACCUGCCCCCGCCCUGGGGCACCUGCAAAGCUGUUACCAUGGACUUGGAUUUCUUCGACUCCUACAGCAUUACCGCCUGCCGCAUCGACUGUGAGACCCGCUACCUGGUGGAGAACUGUAACUGCCGCAUGGUGCACAUGCCAGGGGAUGCCCCAUACUGCACUCCAGAGCAGUACAAGGAGUGUGCAGAUCCUGCCCUGGACUUCCUGGUGGAGAAGGACCAGGAGUACUGUGUGUGUGAAAUGCCCUGCAACUUGACUCGCUAUGGCAAGGAGCUGUCCAUGGUCAAGAUUCCCAGCAAAGCAUCAGCCAAGUACCUGGCCAAGAAGUUCAACAAGUCUGAGCAGUACAUAGGGGAGAACAUCCUGGUGCUGGACAUUUUCUUUGAAGUCCUCAACUAUGAGACCAUUGAGCAGAAGAAGGCCUAUGAGAUCGCAGGACUCCUGGGUGACAUUGGAGGCCAGAUGGGUCUGUUCAUCGGGGCCAGCAUCCUGACUGUGCUGGAGCUCUUCGACUACGCCUACGAGGUGAUAAAACACAAGCUGUGCAGACGAGGGAAGUGCCAGAAGGAGGCCAAACGGAGCAGCGCGGACAAGGGCGUGGCCCUCAGCCUGGAUGACGUCAAAAGACACAACCCGUGUGAGAGCCUCCGGGGCCAUCCUGCCGGGAUGACGUAUGCUGCCAACAUCCUACCUCACCAUCCGGCCCGAGGCACUUUUGAGGACUUUACCUGCUGAGCCCCGCAGGCCGCUGUACCAAAGGCCUAGAUGGGGAGGGCUAGGAGAGCAAGGGGGCCCCCAGCUGCCCCGCCCUGGAGACUCACUCCCCCAUCCAAGGCAGCCCCCCACUCCUGGGCGGUCC